CUGCUGGGCUGUACUACCUGGCGGAGCUGAUCGAGGAGUACACGGUUGUCACCAGGAGGAUCAUCAAGUACAUGAUCUGGGUCUCCUCGGCCAUCCUGGUGGGUCUCUACCUCUUUGAGCACUUCCCUGGAUUCAUGGUGGGUGUGGGGCUCUUCACCAACCUGGUCUACUUUGGGUUGCUGCAGACCUUCCCCUUCAUCGUCCUCACCUCCUCCAACUUCAUCCUGUCCUGUGUGCUGGUUAUAUUCAACCACUACCUGGCAUUCCAGUACUUUGCUGAGGAAUAUUACCUGUUCUCCGAGGUUCUUGCCUACUUCACCUUCUGCCUGUGGUUAAUUCCCUUCGCUUUCUUCGUCUCCUUGUCAGCUGGAGAGAACGUCCUGCCUUCCACUGUGCAGCCUGGAGACGACGUCGUCUCCAACUAUUUCACCAAAGGGAAGAGAGGGAAACGCUCUGGGAUCCUCCUCAUCUUCUCCUUCAUCAAAGAGGCCAUCCUGCCCAGCAGGCAGAAGAUCUACUGA